AUGACUACAUCACUCAAUGCCGCCGCCUUCCGGUCGAGACUCCAGCUCGCCAUCGAGAGAGUCUCGAGGUCACCGGCAAGGUCGACCGGGCUCUCAUGUGCUCGGUGUUACUCAACAAAUCAGCCGCGCCCUGUACCACGGCUGUCUAGAGAUCCCUUCGCCCGGACACCACUGGCAGCAAGUAGGCGCCUCCAUUUCCCAAAUCCGCAGAUCCGCAUUGGCGUGCGAACAAUAUUCUCGGGCUCAGUCAUCAGGGACUAUGUCGACCUACCCCCGAAUUACCGAGACGACAUUGGCCUCCCCUUCAGGGGGAAAGACCUUGAGCAGCACGAGGUCCUCGCUGCCUUUGGCCCAGGUAUACGUCCUGCCGCCGCGAACAAGUUGCUACGUAUCCUCCAUGGCCGCAGAGUCGCCGGCACUCUCGACGACCCGGCUGUCAAGGUAAAUACGGUGCAGUUCGCCGAGGAGCUGCAGAAUGCCGCCCUUGCGUACCUUCGACAACGCGUUCCUGUCAACGAGAUUGCCAACGCCGGACUGAGAGCAGAGGACGAGCUGCGGACGUUGGAAGGCUCGGAAGAGAUGGAAGUCGAAGAGGGCGACAAGGCUAAGACGCCAGGAUAUUCGAGCCGUUUCAACAUCUACAAGAAGGAAGAGGUGGACGAGACCCAACCGCAAGAUCCUGUCUACGGACGAGGCGUGCUGGAUAAAAUACGAGCAAGGAAUGAGGCCUUGUGGAAGGAAGAGCUCAAGCGGAGGGAAGAGGAGAAGAAGAAGCAGGAGGAGGAGCAGGCGAGGCUGAACCCGGGAGGCUUGCAAACCACCGAUCUAAACCAGCCUCGGCAGGUCAGCGUGCGGAUGCAGCAAUGGAUGGAGGCGGCGACUUCGGACCUAAAAGAGCCUCCAAAGAUGCGGGCCUGGGAAAGGCUCCUGCCGUCGACCAUCGUCGUGGCGCUCCUCGUGGGCGGUCUCGUCGCCUACGCCGAGUUCUAUCGCCCGCCGCAACGCAAGGCAAGGCUCUGGCCCGACGUCCCCCCCGCUGCCGCCACGGUCCUUGCACUGAUUGGGCUCAACGUGGCCGGCUUCAUGCUUUGGAAGUUCCCGCCCCUCUGGGGCAUGAUGAACAGGUACUUUAUGGUCGUGGCAGCGACUCCGAAGCCGCUCAGCAUCAUCGGCGCCAUGUUUUCCCACCAGAAAGCCAGCCAUCUGUUCACCAACAUGCUCUUCCUCUGGUUCUUCGGGGUCAGGUUACAUGAUGAGGUGGGCCGGGGCAACUUCCUGGCGGCGUAUUUCGCGUCGGGUUCUGUUGGGUUCCUGGCCACACUUUACUCACUUGUGCUGAGGAACCAGCUGCAUCUGACGACCCUGGGGGCGUCUGGCGCCAUAUACGGCGUCGCGGCAGCGUACUUCUGGAUGCAUAGGUUCGACGGAUUCAAGAUCCUUGGCCUGCCUCCCGACCCGUCGACCGGUGUCCAGGGCUUGGGCUUCAUCGGCUUGAUGCUGGCUGUGAACAUCUCGGCCAUGUUCUCCAAGAACCAUAUGUUGGACAUCGCGUCCCAUAUUUCUGGUAUUGGGGUGGGCAUCGCCGCCGGCCACCUGCUCGAGAAGAAGAUGAACGAGAAGAAGCAGCGGUUGAGAGAGGAAAGGCAGACCAAUCUGGGAAUAGUGGACAAGCUCAUGGAGAAGAAAUAG